GCCCCCACUUGCGGCAGCAGCUGCCGGGACUCGCGCGUGGGUGUGUUGUUUGGGGGCUUCUGCCUCCGCUCCGCGGGUGCCACCUCCCGGGACGCUGCCCCGGCGUGUCCGGCCGCGAUCAAACAAAUAAUAGAAGCCUAUUGAAGCUUUGUUCUGACCUAUUCUGGAAGUAGAAGAAUACCCUGGAGAAAGGAACAUUGUAAGCACAAAGAAUAAAAUUCCUCAAUCCUGGGAGAGAGAAUGAAAGCCUAACCCUCCAAAUGGCUACUCUAAUGUGAUGCUGGGAUUGAAUUUGCCUAAAAUCCCAUAUCAAGGUUGACUCGAAAGUCUUGUGGAAAAUCUGGAAGAAAUAGGUAUUAAGUCAUGAUGCAGGAAUCUGCGACAGAGACAAUAAGCAACAGUUCAAUGAAUCAAAAUGGAAUGAGCACUCUAAGCAGCCAAUUAGAUGCUGGCAGCAGAGAUGGAAGAUCAAGUGGUGACACCAGCUCUGAAGUAAGCACAGUAGAACUGCUGCAUCUGCAACAACAGCAGGCUCUCCAAGCAGCAAGACAACUUCUCUUACAGCAGCAAACAAGUGGAUUGAAAUCUCCUAAGAGCAGUGAUAAACAGAGACCAUUACAGGAAUUGCUUCCAGAAACAAAAUUAUGUGUCUGUGGCCACUCUUCUGGUGAUGGGCAUCCUCACAACACAUUUGCAGUGCCUGUGUCAGUGGCCAUGAUGACUCCCCAGGUGAUCACCCCUCAGCAGAUGCAGCAGAUCCUUCAGCAGCAAGUCCUGUCUCCUCAGCAGCUUCAAGCCCUUCUCCAGCAGCAGCAGGCAGUCAUGCUGCAGCAGCAACAACUACAAGAGUUUUACAAGAAACAGCAAGAGCAGUUACAUCUUCAGCUUUUGCAGCAGCAGCAACAGCAGCAGCAGCAGCAGCAGCAACAGCAACAGCAGCAGCAGCAGCAACAGCAGCAGCAGCAACAGCAGCAGCAGCAACAACAGCAGCAGCAACAGCAGCAUCCUGGAAAGCAAGCAAAAGAGGUAGGACCCAGCCGGCUCAGUGACUUUGCUGAGGAACGUAAGCAGCAGCAGCAGCAGCAGCAGUUGGCAGCCCAGCAGCUUGUCUUCCAGCAGCAGCUUCUCCAGAUGCAACAACUCCAGCAGCAGCAACAUCUGCUCAGCCUUCAGCGGCAGGGACUCAUCUCCAUCCCACCUGGCCAGGCGGCACUUCCCGUCCAAUCGCUGCCUCAAGCUGGCUUAAGUCCUGCUGAGAUUCAGCAGUUAUGGAAAGAAGUGACUGGAGUUCACAGUAUGGACGACAAUGGCAUUAAACACGGAGGGCUAGACCUCACUACUAACAAUUCCUCCUCGACUACCUCCUCCACCACUUCCAAAGCAUCACCACCAAUAACCCAUCAUUCCAUAGUGAAUGGACAGUCUUCAGUUCUAAAUGCAAGGCGAGACAGCUCGUCACAUGAGGAGACUGGGGCCUCUCACACUCUUUAUGGCCAUGGAGUUUGCAAAUGGCCAGGCUGUGAAAGCAUUUGUGAAGAUUUUGGACAGUUUUUAAAGCACCUUAACAAUGAACACGCCUUGGAUGACAGAAGCACUGCCCAGUGUCGAGUGCAAAUGCAGGUGGUACAACAGUUAGAGAUACAGCUUUCUAAAGAACGCGAACGUCUUCAAGCAAUGAUGACCCACUUGCACAUGCGACCCUCAGAGCCCAAACCAUCUCCCAAACCUCUAAAUCUGGUGUCUAGUGUCACCAUGUCGAAGAACAUGUUGGAGACAUCCCCACAGAGCUUACCUCAAACCCCUACCACACCAACGGCCCCAGUCACCCCGAUUACCCAGGGACCCUCAGUAAUCACCCCAGCCAGUGUGCCCAAUGUGGGAGCCAUACGAAGGCGACAUUCAGACAAAUACAACAUUCCCAUGUCAUCAGAAAUUGCCCCAAACUACGAGUUUUAUAAAAAUGCAGAUGUCAGACCUCCCUUUACUUAUGCAACUCUCAUAAGGCAGGCUAUCAUGGAGUCAUCUGACAGGCAGUUAACACUUAAUGAAAUUUACAGCUGGUUUACACGGACAUUUGCUUACUUCAGGCGGAAUGCGGCAACUUGGAAGAAUGCGGUACGUCAUAAUCUCAGCCUGCACAAGUGCUUUGUUCGAGUAGAAAAUGUUAAAGGAGCAGUAUGGACCGUGGAUGAAGUAGAAUACCAGAAGCGAAGGUCACAAAAGAUAACAGGAAGCCCAACCUUAGUGAAAAAUAUACCUACCAGUUUAGGCUAUGGAGCAGCUCUUAAUGCCAGUUUGCAGGCUGCCUUGGCAGAGAGCAGUUUACCUUUGCUAAGUAACCCUGGACUGAUCAAUAACGCCUCCAGCGGCCUGCUGCAGGCCGUCCACGAAGACCUCAAUGGUUCCCUGGAUCACCUCGACAGCAACGGGAACAGCAGCCCGGGCUGCUCACCUCAGCCGCACAUACAUUCAAUUCACGUCAAGGAAGAGCCAGUGAUGGCCGAGGAUGAAGACUGCCCCAUGUCCUUAGUGACAACAGCUAAUCACAGUCCAGAACUAGAAGAUGACAGAGAGAUUGAGGAAGAGCCUUUAUCUGAAGAUCUGGAAUGAGAACUGACUUGUGAAACCUCAGCGUGAAGGGACAUAUCACUGACCUUCAUAACCACUCCACAACCAUGAAUAUUUGACAACUUUUUACUGUGACUAUUUAUUAAGCAUGGAUAAAGGAGACAGCCCUAAAGGAACUUACCAAGCCAGCCCUUUGGGAUUCAGUACCAACAGGCAAAUUGCUUGUUUUCUUCUUUCUUUCUUUCUCUCUCUCCCUUUCUCUCUC